AUGACGGAGGCGCAGGAAGCAACCCCCACGAUGGGUGAAGAAAGUGCCCCUAAAAAGGACGAGAUGCCUUCCGGCCCAUGGGCAGAUGAAGGCCAGGGUCCCCAGGGCGACGGCGAUGCACCUGAGGUGGUGUGGCAAGACGACGAAGCAGUGCCCACGCAGCAGGAGCCCGCGCAAGAAACACCGGGUCCCAACCUGGAGGCUCCCAACCUGAAUCUGGAAGGCGGUCAACCUGAUGGUCAGCCCUCUGAUAAGGGGGCACUGGAAGUCCCGGCACACCAAGGAUCCCAAGGAUCCCAAGGUGAAGUAGCAGCGACCUCCCCAGAGCUUCUUACCCAGGAGACUUCUGCUCCACCGCGACAAGGGAGUGUUACAUCAGCGAAACCACAGGAUGUGCCCUUCACUUCAGCGCUUCCACCUAGUGAGCCGACAUCGCCACAGGAGUCACAGGAUGGUCAGAAGGAUGAAGCGCCGGUGUCUACACCGGCGGUGACCAUCGAUGUGGACAGCGUAAAAGCUGUACCGACGACCAAAGGAGAUGCCAAGCGCUCCAGCGAGAGCAAAAAGAGCGAGGGCCGAAGGGGGAGCCUCGGAAGCUACAGGGCUGAAACUCUGCUUUAUGACAGAUUGGGUGUGGAACCAACUGCCACAGACGCAGAGAUCCGAAAUGCCUACAAGCGCAUGGCGUUGCAAUUGCAUCCUGACAAGGGCGGUGACCCAGAGAACUUCAAGCUAAUGAGGGAGGCUUACGAAGUCAAUGCAUGUGGCUGCUGUUGCGAUCUCGAGUACCAAGACCUGUUGCCAGAAGUAGGGGUUCUGAGCAACCAUCAGAAGCGCACAGUUUACGAUUUGCACGGCAUGGAGGGCAUCAAAUGUAUGGAGCAAGCUGCGCAAAUGGAAGCGCGAAUGUCGGACGUGACGCCCGUGCUGUUGAUCAUGAUGGAACUUGCGCAAACCAACGCACUGAUGCGUGGCAUAGUUGUGGCCAUCGCCACACUACUGGGGUCAAUGGUGGUGCUGCCCUUCAUCCUUCUGACCUUAAAGUGGGAUGGCGACACAUCCUUCUCGUGGGCCGUGGUGUUCAUUCCCGUUUGGAUCUUCCAGCUGGUGAUCCUGUGUUGUCAACAUGUCUUCUUGAGCAUGCAGCAGCUGGGUGCACCUGAUGAAGAGGAUCCCGAAGCUGCCCGAACCCACACCAAGCUUAAGAAGGAGGUUCGCCUAUUGCGGUUUCAGAGUUGUGUAACGCACGCCCUGCUGAUUUCCUUCGAGAUUCUGUUGAUUCUCCGCCUUGAGGGAGUCAUGACUGCAUCGUGGGUGGUUGUGAUUUCCCCAUGGCUGGCACUGGAGGUCUGGUGGUUCCUGUUUCGCCUCUACGUCUCUCCAGUGGCAUGGGCCUUAUCGGAUCCCCAGGCUGCCACUGAAGCUGGAGCAGCCCAGGCUGAGGUAAAAAGAACUCCCCUGUUCUGGCUCUUUCUUGUUGGCUAUUUGCAGGCGGGUUUCUUCCGCUUCCUCACGUCCAUCCUGAUUUCAGCUCGUGCCAACGCAGACGGGCACCCGCAUGCGGUCUCCUGGUGGUUGGUUUUCCUGCCUCUGUACUUCUCUGUGGCCCUCUUUGUGGCGAUUCCUUGUUUGGAGCGAGUUGUUAAAAGAAGACGACAGGGUCUCCUGAGGCAAGAGGAAGACAACCCAGGCCCAGUGGCAGCCAAAGGCUGUGUGGCCACUGUUUGGCUGAUGAUGCUUUGGCUGGCAGCCGGAAAGUUCGAUGGAGGUGCCUAUUCGGCCGCAUGGGUCUUCUCGCCCAUCUUCUUCUUCGUAUCUCUGGCUGUGUGCAUUGUCGGUAUGGUCAUUAUCCUGGCUCGGCCUCAACACUUUCAGCGUGCAGCUGAAAGCAUGGGCGAACCCAUUGGCAAACCCGCAGAAACCGAAUGA